UUUAGGUUUGACGUUUAAGAUUUUCUAAACUUUUAAAGGAUCAGUCGCAAAUUACUGCAUUUACUGCCUCGGUAUACAUACAUUAAUACAGACUUCGAUACAACAGAGGCUAGUGCAUCAUUACAGCACGCCAUGGAUGCGUCCAGUAAUAAUAUGAAAGUAAGCAAUUGGGAAAAAUUCAAAUUGUUGUUGUGGAAAAACUGGAAUCUACAAUGGAACCAUAAAAUCGAACUAGGCGUGGAACUAUUGCUGCCAGCGGUCUUCUCUCUGCUGUUGGUAUUGGUGCGGGUGUUGGUGGAGGUGGACUCGAUGGAUAUUACCACUUAUCCACCAUUAAAUAUCUCGAAUUUGGACUUGUUCAAAGUUAAACUAGCUGAAGCUAGAAGAGUGAAACAAUUGAUCGGUUUAUACAAGGGCGACAGCGAUGCAUUGAGUAGCAAGAGUAGAGCCAACGUUCCUGUAUACAAACUAGUCUACUCGCCUACAAACCCUUUUCUGGAAGCUAUAAUUACAGAGGCCGCUGAAAGUUUGAAUCUUAAAGGUUAUGAAAGCUUUCCCAAUGCUGCAGCUUUGGAACUCGAAUUAACCACCAGUAACUAUUUGGCAGGCGUUCAAUUUGAUGAUUCGCUGAUUAAUAUCACUGAAUAUCCGCGUAAGUUUGCUUUUUCGUUACGUUUCCCAAGUGAACUUCGUACCGCCACACGCACUUUGGGUUGGACAUGGCUAACUUCAAAAUUAUUUCCGCUUAUCGAUAUACCUGGCCCACGAAAUUCCGAAGAAGAUGACGGCGGUUUGCCGGUGGGUUACUUGAGAGAGGGCUUUCUGCCCGUACAACAGGCGCUGUCGAUGGCGUACUUGAAGUUGGCUGGUAAUAAAGACGAUUUGCCAUAUGUCGAAAUGCAACGAUAUCCCUAUCCGGAGUAUAUUAGCGACCCGCUAAUUGAGGCAUUGGAAACAAUUUUGUCUUUGAUAGUGGUGUUGAGCUUCAUAUAUCCGUGCACGUCAAUAACUAAGAGCAUUACCGUCGAAAAGGAGAAACAAUUGAAAGAAGUGAUGAAAAUUAUGGGCCUUGACAACUGGCUGCACUGGACGGCUUGGUUUGUGAAAUCAUUCAUAAUGUUGGGUAUUUCCUCUGCGCUGAUUAUAAUCUUGGUUAAGAUUAAAUGGUUUGACGGCGUCGCUGUGCUCACCUACAGCAACUGGUCCAUUCUUCUUGUUUUCAUGCUUAUAUACACCAUAGCUAGUAUCUGCUUUUGCUUCAUGAUGGCCACGUUCUUCUCAAGCGCUAGCACUGCAGCCGCUGUUACUGGUCUCGUCUGGUUCAUUACCUAUUUGCCUUUAUCUUUUACCGUUAAAACGUACGAGCAAAUGUCACUGCGUUCGAAGUUGAGUUGGUGUUUAUUCUCUAAUACUGCUAUGGGCUUUGGCUUCAAAGAAAUACUCGGCUUUGAAGGCAAUGGAGAGGGUUUACAAUGGAGCAAUUUGUUUACACCAGUUUCGGUGGAUUCUAACCUCACAGUUGGCGCAAUUAUGCUGAUGAUGUUGGCCGCCUCGGUACUUUAUAUGAUUAUCUGCUUGUAUGUAGAGCAAAUUAUGCCUGGAGAUUUUGGUGUACCGAAGAAGUGGAACUUCCCCUUCACUCCAAGCUUUUGGUGUGGGCAAAAGGAAUAUGCUGGUAUUGAAGAUAUGUCGAACGGUUCGAUUGAACGUAAAAACCCCGAUGCUUUCGAAGCCGAACCUGCUGGAAAACAUAUUGGCCUACAAGUUAAAAAUUUAAAGAAACGUUUUGGCGAAAAAUAUGCGGUAAAAGGCUUAUCGGUGAAUAUGUACGAAGACGAGAUAACAGUAUUGUUGGGGCAUAAUGGCGCUGGUAAAACGACCACAAUUUCUAUGCUGACUGGAAUGUUUCCACCAACUGCUGGUACGGCAAUACUUAAUGGAAGUGAUAUACGUACAAAUAUUGAGGGAGCGCGCAUGUCGCUCGGCAUCUGUCCACAGCACAAUGUGCUAUUCGACGAUAUGAGCGUUGCGAAUCACAUAGUCUUCUUCAGCCGUUUGAAGGGACUCAGAGGUAAUGACAUAAAAGAUGAAGUGGAAAAGUACCUGCGAAUGAUCGAAUUGGAGGACAAAGCAAAUGUGGCAUCCUCGAAAUUAUCUGGUGGCAUGAAGCGCAAACUAUCAGUUUGCUGUGCGCUUUGUGGUGGCACAAAAGUGGUACUUUGCGAUGAACCCAGCUCUGGUAUGGAUCCCGCCGCCAGACGUCAACUGUGGGACUUGUUACAGUCGGAGAAGAUCGGACGUACUCUACUGUUGACAACCCAUUUUAUGGACGAAGCGGAUGUACUCGGCGAUCGUAUUGCUAUAAUGUGCGAUGGGGAACUUAUGUGCCACGGUACAUCAUUCUUCUUGAAGAAGAAAUAUGGCUCUGGUUAUCAUUUGAUUUGCGUAAAACGCGAGGGCUGCAAUGCAGAUGAAGUGACAGCGUUGCUCAAUAAAUACAUACCAGGUAUAAGACCUGAGGCAGAUAUUGGCGCUGAAUUGUCUUAUCAAUUACCAGAUAAAUACUCAGCAAAGUUCGAGAAGAUGUUUGGCGAUUUGGAAACGAAUUCUGAGAAUUUACUGUUGGGUGGUUAUGGUGUAGGUAUUACGUCAAUGGAGGAGGUAUUCAUGAAAGUGGGUGCUGAAAAUUCUAGCAACGGCACGAGGAAAGAGCAAAUGGCCAUGAUGAAUGGCGGAAGUGGUUUCAAUGACGAAGAUGUCGAAUCUAUGAACUCAGACAGCAUGUUUUCGGAGAAUACAAGGUUACUAAGGGGCAAAGAACUAUUUUGCAAUCAGUGGCAUGCAAUGCUCCUCAAAAAGUUCCUCUACACACUGCGUAAAAAAAUUUUAUUCGUCAUCCAAAAUCUUUUGCCCAUCUUCUUUGUGGUCAUCACCAUUUUGAUCUCGCGCAACGCAAGCACUUUCCGCCCACUUCCAGCCAUAACAAUGAGUGUCACGCAGUAUCCUAAAACCUUUACAGUUCUUGAAACGGCCAGUAAUGUGGCCCCAGGUUCUCUGGAAGAACGCAUUGUAGCUGAGUACAAAAUGAUCUCAGGUUCCUAUGGGCCCAAUCACCAGUUGCAAACGACGGGCGAACUCAAUUUUACCGAAUACAUUUUGGAUUUGGGCCAGACUGAACAAGUGCGCAUCAACGCCCGUUACAUGGCAGCAGCUACAGUGGAAGAUGGCAAAAUAACGGCAUGGUUAAAUAAUCAGCCUUUGCAUACGGCACCACUGACCGUGAAUCUUGUACACAACGCCAUGGCGAAAGCUCUCAUUGGACCUGAAGCCUCAAUAAGCGUCACUAACUAUCCGCUGCCCUACUCAUUCGAAACCAAGCUCGCACAAUUGAACGUUGGCACAAAUGUGGGCACUCAGUUGGCUACCAACGUUGGCUUCUGCAUGUGCUUCGUAAGUGCCUUUUAUAUUCUCUUCCUGAUUAAGGAACGUGAAACGCGUUCAAAAUUGCUUCAAUUUGUGGGUGGCGUACGUGUGUGGACUUUCUGGCUAACACAACUGCUAUGGGAUAUGACUACCUAUGCAAUAACCGCUCUGAUUGUGAUCGCAACUUUGGCUUGCUUUCAAGAGGAUGGAUAUUCAAACUUCUCGGACUUGAUGCGUUAUUUCCUCGUAUUGAUAUUAUUCGGAUUUGCUGUGCUACCGUUUACGUAUUUGCUUUCAUUUUUAUUCAAGGAGCCUGCUACUGGUUUUGCUCAGGCCUCGACCGUGAAUAUAUUUACUGGUGUCGCGCUUUUCGUAGUUGUUGUCAUAAUGUCUUUUGAGGCUUUCGAUACCAAAGACGUGGCUGAUGGCUUACAGUGGUUCUUCAGAAUAUUCCCACAUUUUUCGCUUUCGAUAAGCUGGAAUAAAUUGUAUGUGAAUUGGGCAACACGAAAUACCUGCAAUAGUGAAGUUCUCCAAGUUCUACCCGAUGCAUUGCGAUGCGCUCUUUUGCCAAAGUGUUGUUCAACAAUACCUUAUUUUGCGUACGAAGAACCAGGUAUUCUCCUAGAAACGUUGUACUUGGUCGGAACCGGUGUAGUAUUCUUCCUUAUCAUCAUUUCGCGGGAGUAUGGCAUUAUCGACGAAAUUAUAUAUAUGAUCAGAAAACGGGCAUUUAAACCACCACCACCUCCUGAGGAUGGCUACUUUGAUGAUGACGUGGAUAAUGAAAAGAGUCGAAUAUUAAAAAUGAGCAGCGAUCAAUUAGCCAAUCAAAAUUUGGUGUUGAAUAGCGUCACGAAGUAUUAUGGCAAAUUUCUGGCGGUAAACCAGGUGUCAUUGUGUGUCAAGGAAAAUGAGUGCUUUGGCCUCUUGGGCGUAAAUGGUGCCGGAAAAACGACUACAUUUAAAAUGAUGACUGGUGACGAACGCAUUACCUAUGGCUCGGCCUAUAUUAAGGGCUUAUCACUGGAGUCUGAAAUGAGUAAGAUUUACCAGGACAUCGGUUACUGUCCACAAUUCGAUGCAUUGCUAGACGAUCUCACGGGACGGGAGACACUACACAUCUUCUGCCUGUUGCGUGGUGUACGUCGCAAUAGGAUUAGUCGCAUCAUAGAUGACCUGGCAAGAUCAUUCGGUUUCACAAAACAUUUGGAUAAGCCGACAAAGACCUAUAGUGGCGGCAACAAACGUAAAUUGAGUACAGCAAUCGCCGUAAUCGGUAGCCCUAGUGUGAUAUACCUUGACGAACCGACAACGGGAAUGGAUCCAGCUGCGCGACGUCAACUUUGGAAUAUGGUCUGCCGCAUACGCGACUCUGGCAAAUCUAUAGUGCUAACAUCGCAUAGUAUGGAAGAGUGUGAAGCGUUAUGUACACGCCUGGCUAUUAUGGUGAAUGGCGAAUUUAAGUGUAUUGGUUCUACACAGCACUUGAAGAAUAAGUUUUCGAAGGGUUUGAUUUUGAAGCUCAAAGUAAGACGUGCGGCAGAUCCGUUGAGACCAUCAGCAAGAAGUUCUAGAAGUGGUCGCACCGAUCUUUCGCUUAUGGCCAUAAAGAUGCAGCAGGACAUUACCACGGUGAAGGAAUUUGUUGAACAAAAGUUUCCACAAGCAUUAUUACAGGAGGAGUACCAGGGAAUUCUCACAUUCUACAUUCCACUAUCGAGUAUUAAAUGGUCUAGUAUAUUUGGAUUAAUGGAAAAGAAUCGCGAUAAUUUGAAUAUCGAAGACUACUCUAUCAGCCAGACAACUUUGGAGGAGAUAUUCUUGGAAUUCGCGAAGUACCAACGUGAAGAUCCACGCACGCUUAAGUGAGCAACAGAUUUUCUAAUUGUAUAGCUCUAAAUUGUGAAUUUGUCUAUUGUAAUUGAACACAACCACAGAUUCCGCACUUAAAAUUAUUAAUUUUGACUAAUAUCUACAUAUAGUCUGUAGAGCUUACAUUGGCAUUAAAUUGGCAAACCUAUAUGUAAUGUACGAAAUCGAAAAAAGUUUUCGUAGGAAAAUCCAUGGCAAAAAAAUACUAACCACUCUAAUAACAGCUGAAUGAGAUUGCAUGAAUACUUGUAAAUACUUACGUUCUUACUGUCAUACAUACAUACAUAUGUACUUAUAUACGUUUGUAUAAAAUAAAUUCAUAUAAAUACAUACAUAUCUACACAAACUUACCUAUCCAAUUACACACAUAUCCAUAUGUAUUUGCAUGCCUAGUUACGUUCAUAUUGCGUUUAUGAGUAAAUUAUGGUAAUAAGAAUUUUCAUUCUUCUUAAACAUCAAUUUAAAAAUAAAGCAUUAAGAAGAAACGCUGCAGCUGCUGUCCGAAGUGACAAUUAAUGCCGAAUUGCAUGUCGGGAUCAAAACGGGACAACCACCAUCAGUACCAGCAGCAGUCAUUGGACCAGGAGCUGUAUGAAAUAACGACAGCGCAAUCGAAAAACAAAGGAGAUUCAGUUUAAAAAUAAUCCUAGUACGCACAAGUAUGUAUACAUAUUUGCAUAUGCAUAUAUACCACAUACAUAUGUAUACAUAUAUGUUUAUGUAUACAUACAUAUGCAGUGAUUGCACAAAUGUAUAGCAAAGUGUAGUAGAUGUGAAGGAAAUAUUAAUUUAUGUAGCAGGUAUGUCAAUAUGUAGUAUAUCUGGGGGGGAGGUUGUUUGCAAUUCAGGCCGAAAGAUUGCUGAAGGGUGAAAUGUGGACAGAUAUGGAACACGAAUAAACUUAGCAAGCGCUAAAGUGCAAAACUUAUUUAUUAAGUGGAAGAACAACUAAACGUGCCUAUGUAUGUAUAUACAAAUAUAUGCACUAUUAUAUACUGGCAUACAUAUGUAUAUACAUACUUUACAAAAUAAAUGGUACUCUAAUUAAAAUGCAUACAUAUGUACUUAUUUUUGCUUACGUGUGCAUUAAUGAAAACAAAAGUCUCAAACAAGUCUUUUUGACGAAAACGAGCUUUUACAUAGAUAAAUGUUAUACUCGUAUUUACAUGUAUAUUUGCAAAUAAAUGUUAACAAAAGCGAGUUCAAAUCGAUUGAAUUGCUUUCAAUUUGCGUGCAGUACAUACAUACAUAUGCACAUAGAUAUUUACAUAUAUGUACGUAUACUACUUAAUAUAAAAAUUUAAU